AUGGCUAUUGGUCUGCUUGGCAUCCAUUUGCUGGAAUUCUGUGAAAAUAAGUUCUAUGGUGAUCAGCCUUUUACUGGGUUGGUUGAGAUAUAUUGGGUCUCUGGAUUGGCUCAUUUGCGUAUUGCUGAUCAUAUUGUCAAGGAAGAGGCUCAUUUUCUUCUUGUGGCAAUGGGGCAUGAGACUGAAUCCAUUGAUGAAUUUGUUGAAGCACACAGAACUUGCUUAAACGAUAUCAUGUACUUUCCCACCCGUAAUGCUUAUGGUCUUUCUAGUGUUGCUGGAAACAUGGAUAAGCUCGCUGCCCUGCAGUAUGAGUUUGAGAAUGUUAAGAGGAGGAUGGAUGACGAUAAUAAGAAGGCACUACGUCUUGAGCAGAAGAUAAAACUUCUUACGAAUGGUUACCAGAUACGAGCUGGGAAACUUUGGUCACAAAUUGAGGUUACCUUCAGGCAGAUGGACACUGCUGGAGCAGAACUUGAGUGCUUCCAAGCUUUACAAAAGCAAGAGCACCUAGCAGCAGCACACAGGAUCAAUGGCCUCUGGGAAGAAGUUCAGAAGCAGAAGGAACUUGAGCAAACUUUACAGAAACGCUAUGGUCACCUUCUAGCAGAGCAAGAAAGGAUACAACAACUCAUGGAUGAGUAUAGAAUACAAGCACAAAGAAAAGAAGAAAUAUCAGAAAAAAUUCAUGCUCUUGAGCUGGCUGAGGCUGCAGCGAACAAAAUUGUUGUUUCAAGCAACGAAAAUCUUGAGCCUGUUGCUGCUUCAGACGUGCUUGGGAAUGCCAUGGCGGUUGACCCAAGCCAUAAUGAUACUUCAAGUCAACAGAUAGAUGCUGCUCAAGAGCAAGCUCAUGUGGGCCCAAAACAUGGAAUGGAUGUCAAUGUAGUUGAUGGAAAAGCAAAUCUGCCCAUGGAUGAUGUAUUUCACACGACACCAUCAGCUGCAAGAGGACCUUCUCUUGCUAAUGAACAGAGUGCAAAACCAGUAUGUAAUAGCUCUGAAGGCUUUGACUCUGCUGAUAAUAGUCAGUUCUCUGGUGCGGAUGGAAAUGAACUCAUUAAGGUUCUUGGUCAAACUCCUCUUGGAAAGGGAGAUACCCCUUCUGAUAUUGUUGACUCACAGGAGGAUAAGAGGAUCCGUGACUCCAGUGGGAUUCUUGAUGAGAGUUUAGGUAGCAGUGAAGAUUUUAGAGAGGAUAUGGCCAUGGAGGAUGAGCAGAAUGUUGUUGAGGUCAGUGUGGUGGAUGGUGUCUUGACCAAUCCAGAAGGUAUUGUCCAAGAAACAGCCGAAGUUUGUUAUGCCAAUGGGGAGAUUGUACAAAUUUCUGAAGUCCCAGAAGAGAUGAUAAAUUUAGAAGCAUAA